AUGGAUGACUUCGCAAAGCUCGCAGAGUACGUUGGUUUUACCAAUGCUCUUGAAGUUGGGGCAUUUGUUCCAACACGCCACACCGAUACCUACCCAUUCAUCACCCCAACUGGAACGGAGCUAGCCGGUAAAUCCGUCAUUAUAACCGGUGCUUCCAAAGGGAUUGGCCGUGCAACAGCAAGUCGCCUUGUCAAGGCUGGUUGCAGCAAGAUUGCGAUCGCAGCCCGUACAGGUCUUGACAAAGUGGCCGAGGAGCUCAAAUUGGAGGCACAACAACUCGGCCUCGAUCCCCCAACAAUCCUUCCUGUCCAGGUAGAUGUCACGUCCGACGAAUCCGUGAAAGCAGCAGCACAAACAGUCGAAGAUGCAUUUGGAGGGAAGAUCGAUAUCCUCAUUAACAACGCGGGCUAUCUACCGAAACUUGUUCGUAUUGGCGAGGCAGACCCCAGUGAAUGGUGGAAGGGAUUCGAAGUCAACUUGAAGGGAACUUUCCUCUGCGCGCAUUAUUUCCUGCCACUCUUGUUGAGAUCCGAUACGAAAAUCGUGAUUAAUCUGACUUCCAUUGGGGCGAAUCUCUUGACGAUUGGCGGAGCAUCAUAUCAGGCAUCGCGAUUUACUAAUUGUCGUAUUACCGAGUUCCUGGCUCGGGACUAUGAAGAGGAGGGUCUGAUCGCUAUUUCAGUGCAUCCUGGCGGAGUGAAAACUGACAUGGGCGAUAACUUACCCGAGGUGAUGCACUUUUCCUUGACGGAUACUGCCGACCUUCCAGGCGAUACAAUCGUGUGGCUUACGAAAGAGCGACGCGAAUGGUUGAAUGGAAGAUAUGUCUCUAGUCCCUGGGAUAUGCAAGAGCUUGAAGGGAAGAAGGAGGAGAUUGUUGAGAGGGAUUUGUUCAAGUUUCGCAUGACGGUCUGA